GAAGAAACAGAGUUAAUGACAAAGUGUGACAUAUGCAAACAGGAAGUUUCUUUAGGUCAAAUACGUAACCAUGUUGAGUCCUGUAUAGCCACAAAUCUGGACCAUACAGAAACGUACCUGUAUACUUCACAGGGAAAUUCAGAUGAAGAACUUCCUGAAAGUGCUUCAGAGAUAAUUCAUCAACAGGGGUUUUCCAUGGAAUUCCAUGAUUUACCAGAGAUUUCCAGCAUAACUUCCAUGGUGACCCUGGACAAUGUACACCCGGGCAGUGAGAACCAGCUUAAUGGAGAUUAUUUAAGUACAUUAGUUAAAAAGUGUACUACAUUUUGUAAAUCCAAUGAUGUGUCUGAUCCUAUUCAUGUGCUAAAGAUCUUUCAAAAAGAGAUUGUUACUGGGAGACCAUUAGAACUAACAGAAGAGACAUCAUCUACGGGCAUUUAUGGUGAAACCAAUUUCAUUUUGGUAGACAGAGGCGAUCUACUGAAAACAGCAAUUGAGGAAAUAAGGGCAAUAAGCGACAUGAGGAAAUGCCUUGAAGUUCAGUUCUAUGGAGAGUGUGCUGCUGAUUUUGGAGGUCCAAGAAAGGAAUUCUUCUCUCUUGUCCUGCAGUGCAUUAAGGAAGAAUACUUCGAGCCAGUGAGAGAGUGGUCAGAUGACUAUGAAGCUGUUGGCAGAAUAUUGGCUCUGAGCACUCUUCAAAACGGAAGAUUACCUAGAAUUAUGUCAGCAGAGCUAGUGGAGAAAGUAUUCAAUCAAGUGCUGCCUGUAGACAAGUACAUCCAGGACCUAAGAAAAGGUCUUGACAGUCUUGGUCUUGUUCAGCUUGUUCAAGAACUGCCAGCUGUUAUUCACCUGUUCACACCUCAACAGUCGAAUCCUUUAACGUUGAAGAUGUUGACACACCUAUUGAAGCCACAGUUUAGUGCUGAAGGGUCAAACAGAAGACAGAGAGAGAAUUCCACAUACACGUUGUUCAUCAAAUACAUGCGUGAAGCUGCAAGUGGAAGAAGAGGUGCUGUAAAUCUUGGGAGCAUAUUAAGGUUUGCCACUGGUACAGAGGAGGAACCUGCCUUGGGCUUUGCUCUUCAGCCUUCCAUUCAAUUUAUGGAAAGUGCUAAUUUCCUGCCCACUGCAAAUACCUGCAUAAACAGAAUGAAUUUAUCAUUGCCAGAUGAAAGUAAUCCACUACCACUGCAAGAGGAACUGUUCAAUUUGUUCGAUCUAGCAUUUUGUAACACAUUCUUUGGUUUAGAAUAAAAAAUGACAUUCACAUAUAAUUAUACCCCCAUUACCAUUGGUAAUAGAGGCUAUAUGAGUCACUCUUUCGGUCAGUCGGGCUGUCAAAAAAUUUCAUCCAAUCAUCACCAAACUUGGUCACAAGUUGUAUGUAGAUGAUGUCUAGAUCAAGUUUGAAUAUGUAUCAUGCCAGGUCAAAAACUAGGUCACGGGUCAAUUACUGCGUUCUAAACCGAAAGUUUGUCCGGACCAUAACCAUGUCAUUUAUCAUUAGAUUUUAAAAUCACUUGGUACAUUUGUUCACCAUCAUAGGACGGUGUGUCAUGCAAUAGAAGGACGUCGAUGUCUCCAAGGUCAAGGUCACACUUUGAAUUCGAAGGUAAAGUCGGUCGGUCUGUCUGUCCCAAAAAUUUCAUCUGAUCUUCACCAAACUUGGUCAGAAGUUGUAUCUAGAUGUUGUCAAGGUCAAGUUUGAAUAUGGGUCAUGCCAGGUCAAAAACUAGGUCACAGGUCACUAACUGCGUUUUAAACUGAAAGUUUGUCUGGACCAUAACUAGGGCUGUAACGAUACAUUCAAAUUGGACGGCAUGUAAUGCAAAAGAAUUCAAGAGCUCAAAGGUCAAAAUGGCCAUAAAAGACAAUGGCAUAAUCAUUCUUCCAAAUCGCCAUAAAUUAGCUUCUCUUGUUUUGUGAAGACAGCAUGCAAAAUAUUAAAUGUCACUGCAGCAUUUUGUGGUAUAUGUCACGUCUGUGACAAAGCUCUAGUUGUGUAUAUGUAUGUAGUAAAAAAUGUUUUGAAUGUAGUAUGUGAGUUAUAUUGGUGUAAUCAACAUUUACUUUGUGAACCCUCAAGAGGCCAACCUUUUUUUUGCAAUCUUGAAACUUGGUCAGCACAUUUGUCCCCAUAACAUUAUUACCUCUCCUGAGCACUAUAGCCCCUAUGUUGAGCUUGUGUGAUAGUCCUUUGUUUUUAGUGCAUCGUCAAUAUAUGCCAUGUGAACGCUAGAGUCUACAUUUUUGUCCGAUCUAAAUAAAACUUGGUCAGAUAAUUAGUCCCAAUGAAAUCUGGACUCUGUUUGAAAUUGGGUCAUUUAGAUGUCAAACACUAGGUCAAAAAAGAAAAACC